AUGAGAGCCUUAGCAAUUCUUCUAUGCAUUGGUUCCGUGCUGUCCUUCCCAGGCUACGAUUCGUAUGAUGAGUACAACGACUUCCAAGAAGACAGUAACGAAGGUCAUGGCUGUUCCCACCUUGACUUCCUCAAGGGAUUGCCCAAGGAGGCUCUUUCGGAAUACUACAAAAUCGCACAGGACACCUCACAGAGUAUACUGGAGAUGGAGAAAUCUUUGGAACGUUGGGCCGAAAAGCAUGGCGUUGAAGAUAAGUACAAGGCUCAUGCGCAGAAACACAAAAAACAGUUCGAGGCUUUUAAACGAGCCCUUACCGAACUUACCAAAAAGUUGACCACGUUCUUCAAAGCUUACAUAAAGAUUGGCAACGACAAGAGAAAGUCGUACGACACGAUGUUCAAGGAAACUCAAAAACUGUUCGAAACGCUGAACAAUAAGGAAAAAGGGGUUGUAUGCCACAUCCUGCAUGGAAAUUUCGGUAGCCAUUAA